AUGGCGUCCCAAGUAACAGCAGCGCCUUCCAUCGGCAGCACUGGGGACGUAGGCGGCGCAUUGGGGCCCCGUAAAAUCUUGCCUUCGUCGAGCAUUGAGACGCCGCCCUCGCCGCCAGCCACCGAGACGGACACGGAGACGGACUCGGAAACGUCGCAAAGGAACCAUGGCAAUGGCAGUGGUAGUGCGCCUGCCGAGGAGGAGGAUGAUGCGCCCGUCAUAUCGCCCGUGACCUCGCCGCCCUACUGGUACCAGUCGCAUCCGACCCACGCCCGGUCGCCGUCGCGAGCAUCGGAGGAGUCCAUGGUUGGCGCCAUUGUGAUGCGGGACAAUGAGAACAGCAGCUUCGACGAGAGGAAUCAUGCGUGCUGGGCCAAGAGCGUCGAGAUCACCGACUACGUCAUUGUCAACGGCAGCGCCACUAACAUUGGCGCAUUUGUUGUUUGGAAUAUCAGGGUGGAAACUCUGAGUGGGAGCUAUAUGAAUAUACGUAAGCGGUACUCGGAGUUUGACGACCUUCGGUGGCGGCUGAUGCGCACGUUUCCCAACUUUGAGGCCGCUGUACCUGAGCUGCCGCCAAAGAGCCUAAUUUCCAAAUUCCGACCCAGGUUCCUGGAGAAGAGGAGGGCUGGGCUGCAGUAUUUCCUCAAUUGUAUUAUGCUGAACCCUGAAUUCUCGGGUUCACCUGUGCUAAAGGAAUUUAUGUUCUCGUAA